AUGGAUCUUCGCUCUCUCCUCCGGCCGGCCUCCCAGCUGCUCAAUCCCCUCCGCUGCCUCUCCACCCCCAGAGCAGCAGCCACAGCCGCCGUCUCCCUCCCGCUCACCUCCUCCCGCGGCCACAAGACCACGGCCCGCACCAAGCGAGCCCUCAAGAUGGCUCCCCACGACUCCUUCCUGCCCUCGCGCACCGCCGCCUUCCCCGCCGACGACUCCAUCAUCUACAACCCGCCCGCGUCAGAGGCCUCGCCCGAGCACACGCCCUUCAUCUUCCUGCCGCGCAACGACCCGCGCCGCCUCGCCAUCAUGCGCCUCCGCAGCAGCUCAAACGACCCAACGGCCUACUCACAAGCAAACGGCGAGCUGCCCCCGGAGAUGCGCUACAAGCGCCGCGAGGCAAAGUACAACCUGACCAAGGAGCACAUUGAGGAGAUGCGCCGCCUGCGCAACGAGGAUCCCCUGACGUGGAGCGUGCAGAAGCUUGCUCGCAAGUUUGAGUGCUCAACUGUCUUUGUGCAGAUGGCUGCGCCGGCGCCGCCAGAGCAUUUGCAGUGGCUGAAGGGCAAGAUGGAGAGGAAGAUGGAGAGAUGGGGACCCAAGAGGACACAGGCGAGGGAGGACCGGAAGAGGAGAGCCGAGAUGCUGUAUCGGGGCGAGUUAUAAGGGUUUGGAUGAGUUGUGUGGAAGAAUCGGGCAGAGGAGGGCAAAAGAGCUGUUUGUAUAGAUCAAGGCGAAUAUACAGCUUCGGAUGGCUUGGGACGUUGUGGCAUUGACAAGAUAUCAUGUUUGACACGAGCAUGUGUAUAAAGAGGAAUUGGGCAUUGGAGGAGGGUGAAAAGGACUGAGCGUGGUGUACGAUAUACAAAGCUUGAGAUAAAGAUUUCAUGACGAACAUUGCAUCAUACACAUUCAUGAUACGAGC